CCGUCGCCGCCGCCACCGCCGCGCCAUGCUAUCCGCCACGGUCCUGGCCGCCGCCCUGGGCGCUGCCGCCGCCUCCGAACUCGACACCACCUCGAUGGAGGACGUGCUCGACCCGCGCCUCUUCAUCAUCUACAACUCGACCAACUCGAACGCGCUCAACUACGUGCUGGCGGGAGUAGCGGUGGCGCUGCUAUUCGGUCUGCUGCUGGCGCUGGCGCUGUUCGCCUUCGGCUUCUUCGGGUCGUCGGCCAACAACCGCUACGACUACUACGAGCCCGACACGUACGCGACCUACAGCAACCAGGGCUUCCAGUCGCGCUCGCUCGGACCCGCAUACGACGCCAUCAACGUGCUGUAA